UACAAAAACAUUUCAUUACGAUCAAACAUUCACUCAACCAAACCAAAUUAUCAAUCACUUUUUUAACAAGCAAUUAGAUCCUGUGCAGGGCGGUUUUCUACAAACGUUUUUGUUGUAUGCAAAUCACCUUGCCAUAGUCGAUCGGCGGCCUCUCCCUACCCGGGCAUUUUUAUCUUCGGUGCCGAGGUUCCGGCUGGUUUAUAUCGCUUCGCCAAGAUCAAAACGUACUUCCAAGAAGGUGAUAAGAACCUGCCAAAACAUUUAACUGCGUUAUUAUCCGUACGCGAGUGUUAACAAAAAAUGAAAAUGUUUUGUGUGAGAAAAAAUAUGAGGAAUGGGAUUAUCGCGAUUAUUGCGAACCAGGGCAACGUGCGUAUUUUCCAGACCAUGACCGAAGACAUCAUGAAAUACCCAUGCAAAGCGUACACGAUCGAUUCCAGAUUGCCUCGGACGUGUGUUUCGAAUUCAAUGGAAAAGUGGAAUCAAAAAGAAAACCAAUUCUGCGAUGUUCGCUCAAAAAUAUUAUCAAACACAGUUGUGUCACGUCACCACAUGACGCCAGAAAUUGCACUUCAUCUCAUAACGCCUGAAUGUGCUAUUUAUCAUCAACCGAUUGGCCCAGAUUUCCCGUUCAACAAUGAUCCUUUCUGGGGAUUCUUUUGGCCCGGUGGCCAAGCUCUGACUAGAUUUAUUCUUGACUAUAAGGAUCGUUUUCGUGGGAAAUCAAUUCUCGAUCUGGGCUGUGGAUGUGGUGCUUCUACGGUUGCAGCAUUACAAGUUCAAGCAAGCCAUGUAAUUGCGAACGACAUUGACCCAGAUGCACUCCAAGCUACACUUCUAAAUGUGGAAAUAAAUGGAGUCAUGAAUGGGAGAAUGCUAUCCUUGAACGAUUCGAAUUUCGUCGGCCGCGAUUCCGGUGUUAUAGAUUGUGAUGUUAUAUUAAUAGGAGAUAUGUUUUAUGAUAAGGAUAUUGCUGCUGAUCUUCAUCCUUGGAUGCAGCGAUUGGCUCGACAUGGAAAAGAGAUAUUUGUCGGCGAUCCUGGGCGACAUGGAAUCACAGAAACAGGUGUACUAAGAGAAAUGGAGCAUAUGGUACAAUAUAAGCUACCGAACAAUGUGUGUCUAGAAAAUAACGGGUUUUCACAUGUAAAUGUAUGGCAGUUCUGGGUAAAUCAGUAAAAUAUUAUGCUUGUACACAUUGCUUGCAUUUAAAAUAGUCAUAGGGACACCAAAAAGGCUAUAGGACAUAUUUCCUGUUUCUCAUUAUUUCCAUUCGAUAAGCAUGGUAUAAGUAUAUUUUUUUUUUAAUUGUAGCAAAAUAAAUUGUUCAAAAAUUUCUACUUUA